ACUCUGCGUUUAAUCUGUUAAAUGGCGGAAGAAGACUCUUCCGACUCCAUCAUCGUCAACGUCGACGGAGAUGACAACAAAUCAGCGUUAUUCGGCAAGUACGACAUCAAGAAGCACCUCGGCAGCGGCGCGUUCGCCAAAGUCUACGAAGCAGAGGAUCUCCACAACAAGGGCCAGAGCGUCGCGAUCAAAGUCGUCCAGAAGAAGCGCCUAAAAGACGGUCUCACGGCGCACGUCAAGCGAGAGAUCUCCGUAAUGCGCCGCCUCCGCCACCCCCACAUCGUCCUCCUCUCCGAGGUCCUCGCCACCAAGACCAAGAUCUACUUCGUCAUGGAGCUGGCCCGGGGCGGCGAGCUCUUCUCCAGAGUCUCCAGCAACCGUUUCACGGAGAGCCUCAGCCGGAAGUAUUUCCGCCAGCUGAUCUCCGCCGUGAGGUACUGCCACGCGAGGGGGGUCUUCCACCGCGAUCUGAAGCCGGAGAAUCUCCUCCUCGACGAGAGGCGGGACCUCAAGGUGUCCGACUUCGGUCUCAGCGCGAUGAAGGAGCAGAUCAAAGCCGACGGGAUGCUCCACACGCUAUGCGGGACUCCCGCUUACGUGGCGCCCGAGCUUCUCACGAAAAAAGGCUACGACGGAUCCAAAGCGGAUAUAUGGUCGUGCGGCGUCGUUUUGUUCCUUCUAAACGCGGGUUACUUGCCGUUUAGAGAUCCCAACAUCUCCGGGUUGUACAGGAAAAUCCGGAUGGCGCAGUACAGAAUGCCCGAGUGGACUUCUUCGGGUCUUAGACAUCUCCUCAGCCGUCUCCUCGAGCCUGAUCCGGAUAAACGGAUCACCGUCGAGGAGAUUCUGAAGGAUCCGUGGUUCAACCACGGGGUAGAUCCGAGUGAGAUGAUAGGAAUCCAAGCAGACGAUUACGAUCUUGAAGAGAGCGGGAAGAAUCUGAACGCCUUCGAGCUGAUCGCGUCUUCGUCGACGGCUAACCUCGCGGGUUUGUUCGGGAACUUCGUUACGCCGGAUCACUGUGAUCAGUUCGUUUCCGAUGAGAAUCCAGCGGAGAUUAUGGUUAAAGUUGUGGGGGUUGCGAAGAAGAUGAAUCUGAGGAUCGCGAAGAAGAAGGAGAGAGCGGUGAAGCUGGAAGGGCCGCAGGGGGUGGCUAAUAUCGUGGUUAAGAUUCGGAGGCUGACGGAUGAGUUGGUGAUGGUGGAGAUGAAGAACAAGCAGAGAGACGUUGGGAUUGUUUGGGCUGAUGAACUUAGGCAAAAGCUACGUCGUUUGAUUAACCAACCGGUUAAUAGGGUUCCUGACAAACCGUAAAAUGGUUUUUACGUAAAACCAAUUUACUGACGUGUUUCAACUCUUGAGGUUUAACAGUUGAACAAGAGACUCGGUUUUCAUUAUUAAAAGGGUAUUAAUUGAGGAUUCGAGAAGCAUUAUGGUUAACCGGUUCUGUUUACACUGGAGCAGAGAUAGUAAUCUUUUUGUACAUGAAAACAAAAAGAAGAAAGAAAUGAAGAAUACGAACCGGAAAUUGACUUAGUUUUUCGAAGUAUAAUUAAACACAAAAGAAAGAUAAAUUAUUUGCUUUAUUCACAUUGGAGAGGAUUUGAUAGGACUCUGAUCUGAACCUGUAGUCUUUUACUUGAUUUGUGUGACUAAGUGUGUGUUUUAGAACUUGAGCCUUUGUUUUUGUCAAGGGACAAGCCAACGGUUUGUAAUAUUUAUCAUUGUUGAUUGUCUUCUGGAAUCGGAAUAAUAUUUGGGUAUGACUUGGUAUUUUUACUUAUUUAAGCUACGAAAGUUUCUUUGCAGCAUUAAACUAGUCCUACA